AUUAUUAAUCAUUACUGCGAUGCAUGAUGAAGUUAAAGGCUUUAAUUUAUACAAUUGUUCAUGUUAUCGACUAAUAGUCGCAUGUCUGAAGGUCCGCUUCUUACCUAGCAAAGCAUUUUAAUAACCAGUCUAGCUGAUAACAUUAAUAUCUUUGUUCAUAAAAUUACAUGAAUGUUGAUGUUUAAACCAUAUUCAUAAGCUGAAUUAUUCAAUUGAUGAAUGUUAAACAACCAGAAGGAAAAUUUCUUCAAUUUAACAAGUCGUAACAACAUUUUUCAACUUGAAUUUGAAUAGUUAAAUUAAUAAGAAUUGUGUUGAUCCUACAAUAGUUGAUCUUGUUAGUGCGAAGAUUCAAAGUCAUUACAAAGAUGGAUUCCAAACUACUGCGUUUUACUUGUCUUUUGAUUUGCAUUUGCUGGGUCAACUUGACUAAAUCAGUUGAUGGUUCACCACCAGCUAAAAAACCUUUAACAACAGUGGUUGUUUGGCAUGGUGCAGGCAAGUCAACGACACCUGCUGAAAACACUGUUAGAAGUUUUGAAAAGUACGGAGCUAAAGUUAAAUCGAUUCAAAUUGGAACUGAAGAGCAUGAAUUGGACAUUGCACUUCACAUGAGAAUGGAUAAGCAAGUGAUGAAUGUUUGCCGUCAACUAACCAAUGAUCCUGAAUUGAAAAAUGGAUUCGCCCUUAUUGGCCAUUCUUUAGGUGGAACUGCAGCAAGAGGUUUAGUUCAGAUGUGUCCAGAACUUAAUAUCACUGAUGUGAUCUCCAUGUGUGGACCACAGCAAGGAAUCUUCGGAAUACCUAAUUGCCAAAUAAUAGAAGACAUUUUCACAGGUAUUUGUGACAAAUUGGAUGCAGUUCAAGAAGCUGCAGCUUCCAUUGCCCCCGGUUUGGAUACACCUUCAAUCUUUACGCCGAUAAUGAAUGUAAUCGGUAACAAUGCCACCUUACCCGGACUUUGGGUUGAUCCAAACGCUUGUGCUCCGUCUAAUAACUUCGUGAACCUAAUCAACAAUAGACUUCCUUCAAUAAAAUUUCCAAAGGAAAAUCUUUUAAAAGUUCAAAGAUUUAUUGCUGUCUGGUGUAGCGGAGAUACUAUUAUGAAACCUAAAGAGUCACCCAUGUUUGGCUGGUUCAAAGAGGGUUCAGAAACUGAAGUGAUACCAUACAAUGAGACUGAUUUAUAUACUGAGGAUUACAUUGGGUUGAAAGAAUUGGAUGAACAGGGUCGAUUCUUCACUGUUGAAUGUCCCUACGAACACAUGCAAUAUUCAAAUGAAUGGUUCGAGAAAAAUAUUAUUGAACGAUUUUAUGAUGUUUAAAUUGUCCAAUCAAAGGAGACUGGAGUAACAAAAUAAGGCUUAUUUUUUUACUGAACUGAAAAACUAAAAUUUCAUAAAGUUGACCAUUGACAGUCGUUAACUGACUGCUAGCUUUACAUCUACAAAAAAUAGAAAAUUCAUCUCAGAACUCAGAUAAAUGCAGGCUGGGAAAACUUACAGUGCUUUAGGUUUAUGGUUCAUUGUUGGAUCAGGAUUUGCUGUUUUAUUUAGUAUCCUCUCAUCAUUUACUUCUUGUCAUAUUUUAAUUAAAAUUAAUUUCAAAUGAAGCAAGCUUAUGUAAUAUUGAAUCAUGUAA